UUUCAUGAAUCACAGUCGUGCUGACAAUCUUCGAACCAUUUGUGGGUCUCAUUCAAUCGAUCACCCAUAGAACAAAAGAGAAACAAAAGAAGAAGAAGAAUCGAAGGAGUGGCAAGUGUAUGAGGAAGCUGUGUCCAAACAUAGACAAAGACGAUGGUUUGGAGACGGUUUUGGAAGUUCCGAUACCGGAGGAGAUGUUUUCCGGUAUGGGCAAUAACGUUGCGCUGAGGUGGCAGAACAUGAUGACGUGGAUGAAAGCUCAAACGUCUGAUAAAUGGUCGCAACCGCUGAUCGCUGCCCGUAUCAACGAGCUCCGUUUCCUUCUUUACCUCGUUGGAUCGCCUCUUAUACCUCUCCAGGUUCAAGUCGGCCACUCUGUUCAUAAACCUGUCAAAGAUUGCUCCAUUCAAGCCUCGACGGCGAAAUAUAUAGUGCAGCAGUACAUAGCGGCGACGGGAGGACCGGCGGCGUUAAACGCAGUGAACAGCAUGUGCGUCACCGGGCAAGUGAAGAUGACGGCGUCGGAAUUUCAUCAGGGAGAUGAUUCCGGCGCUAGUCUCAAGAGCAAUGACGAGAUGGGCGGUUUCGUUUUGUGGCAGAAGGAUCCAGAUCUUUGGUGUUUGGAGCUCGUCGUCUCUGGUUGUAAAGUCAUAUGUGGAAGCAACGGUCGGCUUUCAUGGCGACAUUCCUCUAACCAGCAAACCCCGGCGUCUACCGGUCCACCCAGACCCCUCCGCCGGUUUUUACAGGGUUUAGAUCCUCGAUCGACGGCGAAUCUGUUCCUCGACGCGACGUGCAUCGGAGAGAAGAUAAUCAACGGCGAGGAUUGCUUUAUCUUGAAACUGGAGACGAGUCCGGCGGUUCGAGAGGCGCAAAGCGGCCCCAAUUUCGAGAUAAUUCAUCAUACGAUUUGGGGUUAUUUUAGCCAGAGAUCGGGACUAUUGAUUCAAUUUGAGGACUCGCGGCUUCUGAGGAUGCGGACCAAGGAAGACGAUGACGUUUUCUGGGAGACCAGCGCCGAAUCUGUGAUGGAUGAUUACCGGUACGUGGAUAAUGUGAACAUCGCUCACGGCGGUAAAACGUCGGUUACGGUUUUCCGGUACGGCGAAGCGUCGGCUAACCAUCGGAGACAGAUGACGGAGAAGUGGCGGAUCGAAGAAGUUGAUUUUAACGUUUGGGGUCUCGCGGUGGAUCAUUUUCUCCCCCCGGCCAAUUUGCAGAUCGGAAAAUGAUAUUUUUGUUUUGUUCAGUUAUCUUUCGCCUCAUUCCAUUGAUCAUCAACUGAGUCACUGCAUGUAGGAUGAUUCCCUUUGUUUGACUCGUGAAUUUUGGAUUACAACCAAAUAUAAAAUUUUGUAUAAGGUUCUUUACAAAUGGUCUAGUUGACCUGUACUACACUGAAUUUCUAAUA